UCAGGUAAGUAGCUUCCCACAGUGCAGGAUCACCUUUGAAGAUUUUCUCGGCAGAUGUCGUGAUCGAGGUCUUGGUUGGGUCAUCACGGUCAAAGUCCUCGGGCAAUUUGCAACAGGAACUUUUCAAGUCAGCAAGUACUACACUACUCGUAUAAUGGUAUGCGUUGUGCGAAUGUGUGUCUGUAUAUUGACGAGUAGUUACGUUGAUUGCAUGAACAAGCGUUCAGUUUAGUGUUAUCAUUCGGGCAGUCAACAUGCCGAAGGGAAAGUUCCAAGCCGCGAAAGUUCAAAAGCAGAUAAUCGAAAGAAAAGAGAAAGCUGCAACCGUGGUUGAUCUAUCCCGCGAGUACACACGGUCUACUCCAGCUGUUCGCACCAUAGCUAAAGAUAAGCAGACACUGACAUCUACCAUUACUUCAAAAGCAACACCAAGACAAUUGUGUGAGGUUCAAUCGCAAGUUAGUGAUAAUGUUGAAAGAUUGCUUCUCAUCUGGAUCAACCGAACACUCAUGCGCGGCGGCAACAUUACAAAGUACACCAUCUGCGAGAAGGCAAAGCAAAUUUUCAACGACAUCGUAAAGGACAUAGUACCUUCAACAUCAGCUGGAAAGCAACCGGAAACCUUCCAACCCAGCAAUGAUUGGUUCGAAAGGUUUAAACAACGAACUGGAAUACAUAAUCUUAUUCGGCCUGCCCCAGCUGUCAACGUGGACCAAAAACCUGCCAACGAUUUCAUCAGGCUAUUUAAGAGCUUAGUGUGUACCGAACUGUAUUUACCUCAGCAGAUGUUCAACUGUGAGGAAACUUGCUUGUUGUGGCGCAAACUGCCAAACAGGACGUCAAACACUCUUCAAGAACACCAGCCACUCAAAGACCGUUUAACACUACUGUUUUGUGCCAAUGCUAGUGGCGAUUUGAGACUCAAACCGCUGCUCGUAUAUCAUUCAGAUACUCCAAGGACCCUCAUAUCUAACAAGGUGCAAAAAACUCCGUCAGAUGUGGUGUGGCGAUCUAAUAAACAGGUUGCUGUAACGCAAGAUAUAUUCGUUGACUGGCUGAAACAUACCUUUGGUCCUAGCGUGAAAACCUAUUUGAUGGCAAACAACCUACCACUCCAUGCUUUACUUGUUCUGGAUAAUGCUCUGCUUCAUUCCGAACAUCGGGCAGAGCUGAUACCUCAAGAGUUUAAUUUCAUCAGGAUCCAGUACCUUCCUCCCAACACAGCUCCGUUUCUUCAACCGUUGGACCAGCAAGUAAUGGGCAGCUUCAAAAAGCGUUACCUCAAGGAACUUUUUGAGCACUGUUUUAACAUCAUCGAAGGCACAUGUCUUUCGUUGGAAGUGUUUUGGAAGCAUCACUUUCAUAUCGUUACGUGCGCCAAGCUGAUAGGCAAAGCAUGGGCCGGAGUUACGGCAAGUACAUUAAGAUCGGCAUGGAAGAAGCUUUGGAAAGGAGUGGAAUGGAUGGAAUGUUCCGACGCUGCUGCGACGAGUGACACCGCAGAACCAACGGUGCAUGAACUUAUUGCACUGGGCAAUAGAUUAGGACUGGCCAUAGAUAGCAAUGACAUCGAAGAACUUCUGACGGAAUAUCUGGAGGAUCCAUCCAUCAAAGAAUGCAGCAUAGAUAUGCCUAAAGUUGUCAACAAGGAGCCCGUGUCUGCAGAAGCAGUAGUGAAAUCGAAUCCACAAUCAACCGAGGACAUUCGGAACGUGUUGAAUGCUUGGGACACUGUUUCCUCCUAUGUGUGCAAACAUCAUCCAGACGUGGCAGUAAUGCGACAGCUGAAUGCCAUGUACGAAACUGAUGCUAUUUCUCACUUUCGCACAAUGUUGAAGCGACGCCAAAAACAAUCAAAAAUUGACCAUUUUUUUAAGAAAAUAAAUUAAAUUCAAUGAAAA